AUGAAGCUUCAUCAGUUGAGACUAAAAAGUUGUUUAAUACUUAGCUCAAACAAGAAGACCGUNGAUUAGAUGGUGGAACUAGUGAAAUAAGUAUAAAACAAUGUCAAUAAUUAGGAAAUGAUGUUAUUACAUAAUAUAGACAAACCUGGAUCAGAUGUAGAUGAAUAUGUGAAAGGACUUGAAUAAAUUUUGUUGACAAAGAUUGACGAAAUUUAAACGUAAUUAAAAUUUCUAUGAAUGUAGACUAUAAUCCCAAUUACAAACUUUUAAAUAUCAUUUAUCCGAAGAGGAAACUCUGUAGAAGCAAUUCUAUUAGUAAAGAUAAUAAAUAUCUCAGCAAGAAAUAGAGUGUUCCGAACUUUUUAAGUGA